AUGGCGUCUGCACACGAUCUCUCAGAGCUUGAGCAAGACCCAAGACUGUUCUUGUUCACUUCGUUGACGGCCGGCUCAUCUCACAUCAUCACUGCUACCUCUCGAAUGGAAACGAUACUGAAAGCGAACAAGAUACCGUUUCAAGCGUUAGACACUGCGACAGACGAGAAGGCACGGAGAUUGUGGCAGCGAAGAGCAGGACAGAGAAAGCUUCCUGGCUUGGUAAAGGAUGGCUUGGUGAUAGGAGAUUUGACAGAAGUUGAAGAAUGGAAUGAGUUUGGAGAACUCAAGGAGAAUAUCGGACCCGUUCCCGCCAGCAAUGCUGCUCCAGCAGGAGGACGUGUUGGCGUGCAGACAGCACCACCGCUUUCGCACAAUACAUCCCCGAGCCCGGCAAGCAGCUCUAGUGCACCAGCGAACAAGAAACCUGAGCCCUCAUUCGACAAGUCGAGAGGCAUCGCACUUCCAGGCGCAGCCGAGAUCGCAGCACGUAACAAAGCUCAGUCGGCAACCAAAGUCGAAGCGAGUAAUGCGGAGCCCCAUAUAUCCUCUCCAGAGGAAAAGAAGAGCAGCGUGGAGGCGGUGAAGGAUAUCAAGAGCAGCCACCCAGCGAUAGAUCAUCUCUCUGCGCCUGCAUCACGCAUACAGUCCGGAACAGCGACACCGGCGCAAGUCGAAGAAGCACCAAGCAGCGAGGAGAAGCAAAAGCACCGAGGAAGCGAUAUAAUUGUUGCGGAUGCGGAGCAAGUCAAGGAAAUUGAGAAGUCAAAUUUACUGCAAGAGGAUCCGAACGAAGACGCAGAGGAUACCGACGCGGUCAAAGGCGUGGCAGAUCUCAAGGUAGACGACGAGAAGCCCACACAGGAGCAGGCGGCGAAAGAGCCAGAGGAUGCUAGCAAGACUGUUGCAGACUAG